AUGACAGACCCUAAUUACUCCAACUUCUUCUCUCCCAAUUCCUUCACCUUCAUCCCUCUCCCACCCUCUCCUCCGCCACUCUCUCCGCCGCAAGCCCUCCCUCUCAUCAACACUCUCUCUCUGGAAACCACCGAUCAACCUUCCUCCAGCACCACCAACAACCACGAAAACGCCCUCACCCUUGAUUUCUGCCUCUCUUGCCCUACCUCCGAUCUCGACCUCUCCGCCUCCUUCCCGCCGGACCCCACCGGAAAAACCCACCACGACGACCUCUCCCCCCUCCCUUCCCCGAUCUCCGGCAAGGGUCAGUUCUGGAUUCCAACCCCAUCUCAGAUCCUCUUCGGUCCUUCUCAGUUCUCCUGCCAUCUUUGCUCUAAAGCCUUUAAUCGAUACAAUAAUCUUCAGAUGCAUAUGUGGGGGCAUGGUUCUCAAUAUAGGAAAGGACCAGAGUCCCUAAAAGGAACACAACCGACCGCCAUGCUACGCUUGCCGUGCUACUGCUGCGCACCCGGGUGCAAACACAACAUCGACAACCCGACGUCGCGACCGCUCAAGGACUUUCGCACGCUCCAGACACAUUACAAACGUAAGCAUGGAAUCAAGCCUUUUAGUUGUAGAAAAUGUAGCAAAGCGUUUGCUGUAAAAGGCGAUUGGCGAACGCAUGAGAAGAAUUGUGGGAAGAUUUGGUAUUGUUUUUGUGGCUCUGACUUUAAACAUAAACGCUCGCUUAAAGACCAUAUCAAGGCCUUUGGACAAGGUCAUGGCUCGUUGGGUCUUGAUUAUUUUGAUGACGAUAACGAACCCGCAUCCGAAGUUGAACAAGAUGGCACCGUUGUUCAUUAAGAUGUUUCGUUCUUUGUUCUUGUUUGUUUGUUGAAUAACACGUCGAGCGACCGAAGAGAGGUGUGAUGUUCGAUGUUAUGUUGGAAUUGUGUUAUUUGUAUAUUAUGAAUUGAGUUGAUGAGUUUGU